CAGCCGCAGCUCUCACAGUUGAGAUUGGACUAUUGCAAUAAAUAUGAAGUGGAUUUCUAUGGUCUUCGUUUUGGGUCUAUUGGCUUUGGCCAGUGCAUCCCCGCUGACGCCCGGAAACGUAAUAAUAAACGGAGAUUGCCGUAGUUGCAAUGUGCACGGGGGCUAACGUAGAGAAGAUCGUGGUGAUGCAGUGGCUAUACUGGCCAAGAGAAUAGAUAAAUAAACUGCACCAGAAAUGUA